AUGGAGAAGAUCCGCGUUAGCAAGGUGGAGAAUGUCUCUCUAUGGCGGAGAUCAGUAAAGUUCGACGGGACCCUGCAUCUCAUGCCCCACCAUAUGGUCUUCAGCUACCUGCCUCCACCCCCGCCAGGCUCCUCUCCCUCCGCGAAACUUCCGCGCCAGAAAGAAGUAUGGAUUACAUAUCCCAUGAUAUCAUACUGCAGUUUGCGACCCUCGCCCCCCGCGUCGCGCGUGCAACCAUCGAUUCGCCUACGUUGCCGAGACUUUACCUUCUUUGCCUUCAACUUCCUAGACGACAAGAAAGCCCGCGACGUGUAUGACAGCAUUCGGGCACUGUCAUGCAAAAUCGGAAGACUUGAUAGGCUACUAGCUUUCAGUUAUCAACCGAAAUCUCCGGAGGACCAGUUCAACGGCUGGGAGAUAUACGAUGCGCGCCGGGAGUGGAAGCGGCUAGGCAUCAGCCCGAAGGACACAGAGAAGGGCUGGCGGAUCUCAGAGAUCAACGUGGAGUACAAGUUCUCUAAGACAUACCCUGGGCUCAUUGUUGUUCCCUCGAAGGUCUCAGACAGCGUCCUCAGAUACGCCGGCGAAUACCGCUCCCGACAGCGGAUACCUGCCCUCGUUUACCGCCACCCCAUAAACAACUGCUCCAUAACGCGAAGCUCGCAGCCUCAACCGGGCCUCCGAGGGAACCGCAACCCGCAGGAUGAGAGGCUCGUUGCCGCCAUAUUCGCUACUAAUCGUGGGUGGAGAUCGACGCAGACCCCUAUCCCCACCCCGGCUGGCUCUACUCCGGAAUCGAGUGUAGUAAAUCUCGAUGAAUCCACUGCUAAUAGUUCGUUCGUGGGCGUGGGCGAUGGGGAGACCGUCUCUUCUGGAACAACACCUGUGGAAGACCUCACGGAGUCCUCCGAGACCGAAGCUGAUGCGCCCAAGGUAUACGGAGCACAACAACACAAUCUCAUCGUCGAUGCGAGACCGACCGUGAACGCAUACGCCAUGCAAGCCGUCGGUCUUGGGUCCGAGAAGAUGGACUACUAUCCCGGUGCGGAAAAGGCAUAUCUUGGCAUAGAUAACAUUCACGUCAUGAGGAAAUCUCUGGAAUACGUGGUAGAAGCUAUGAAGGAAUCCGACUUUACCAGUCUGCCACCGAACCGACAACUCCUCGCAAAGAGUGGCUGGAUACGACACAUCAGCAACAUCCUUGAUGGCACCGCCUUGAUCGCGCGAACUGUGGGCAUCAUGCAUUCUCACGUUCUAAUACACUGCUCCGACGGAUGGGACCGGACAAGCCAGCUGAGCGCUCUUAGUCAGAUAUGUCUCGAUCCUUAUUACCGGACACUAGAGGGCUUCAUCGUGCUGGUGGAGAAGGACUGGCUGUCUUUCGGGCACAUGUUCCGCCACCGAUCGGGCUUCCUGAGCAGCGACAAAUGGUUCCAGAUCGAGAAUGAGCGAAUAGAUCGGAAUCGCGACGGUCAGGGUGGUGGUAAUGCAUUUGAGAACGCGCUCCGUGGUGCUCGGGGCCUCUUCAACCGCCAGAAUGACUCCAACGAAUCACUGACUCAAAUGGCGGAAGCAAACGGGGGAGAAAUGCAGAACAUUUCAGACGCUGCACCCAACUCUGAAAGCUCUCCGCUACCGAAGCCUGCAUCCAAGAUCGGCACUGCAGAGGAGCACCGCAUAACCAAGGUCAAUGAGCUCUCUCCCGUCUUCCACCAAUUCCUCGACGCUACCUACCAGCUUGUCUACCAAUACCCCACCCGCUUCGAGUUCAACGAGCGCUUCCUCCGCCGCCUUCUCUACCACCUCUACUCCUGCCAAUAUGGCACGUUCCUCUUCGAUAACGAGAAAGAACGCGUCGAAGCUCGUGCCGCGGAACGUACACGCUCUGUAUGGGACUACUUCCUCUGCCGCAAACAAGAGUUCAUAAAUCCGAGCUAUGACUCCACGGUCGACGACUCAAUCCGCGGUAAAGAGCGCAUGAUCUUUCCCAAGAAAGGAGAGGUACGAUGGUGGGCGGAAUGCUUCGGGAGAACUGAUGAGGAAAUGAAUACGUUUGGCCCACAGGCACCGCUCACGCUUUCGCCACAAACUUCGAACGUCAAUAGUCCGCCAAAUGGAAGGAGUAGGACAUCGACACCGAUUCCACAGGAGCCUAUCGUUACCGGCACGGAAACAGCCGAUAAGGCUACAGGUGCGGGAACUACUAUGCAUCCGCCGCCUACGCAUGCUGCCCCUAACGCGCAACCGCAUCAUCCUACGCCUACGCCGUUUGAUGCCGCAGCAGCGUUUAGCCGUGACUUGGGUCAGAACCUUGCCGCAGGAAUCUCGAGCCUAGGUAUUGGUGGGAGCACCGGGGCUACUCCGCGCAGUAGGAGUCGCAGUCGAAGCACGGAGACGAGACAGCAGAUGGAGGUUGAGAUGCAGUAG